AUGGCCUUUCUUGAGGGCAAUGCUAUUAAAGUUGGGGUUAGGUCCUUGAUAACAGGCUUGCUCAUGAAAUGUGUGGAAACGGUCAAUUUCUCUGUGUUGGUAAAUGGAAAGGCUGGAAGAAAUAUAAGGCCAACUAGAGGAAUAAGGGCAAAAGUAAAGGAGUGGAGGAGAAUUUAUGGUGUUUUACAACUCUAUGAAUCUGCUUCGGGCCAAGCAUUAAACAAGGAAAAAACUUCUAUAAUGUUCAGCAAUAAUACAAGUAGUGAUGAUAGGAGGAGGGUUAACCAAGAGGCUGGUGUUGUGAUGUGUGACAGCUAUGAAAGAUAUCUAGGCUUACCUGCAUUUGUGGGGAGGUCCAAGUAUAAUGCUUUUCAAAGCAUAAAAGAAAGGAUAUGGUUGAAGAUUCAAAACUGGAAGACAAGUUUUCUCUCAAAAGCUGGGAAGGAAAUAAUGAUCAAAGCCGUAUUGCAAGCUGUACCAACAUACACAAUAGGGGUUUUCCUUUUGCCCAAAAGAUUAUGCACUGAAAUUGAAGGUCUCUUAUCAAGAUUCUGGUGA